CCAAUUUUUAAAUGGUGCAUCAGUUGUCGAAAUAGGUAUUGUCUGAAACGUAGAAAUCUCUAUGCUAAUGCGAAUUUGCCUUUGGAUUUCAGAGAAGGCCUGAAGCCAAGGGAUAAAAUCAGUUUUCUCAAUUGGUUUUCAGAGCUAAACUACAAUCCAUUGUUGCUGGUUGAAAAGCUCUCUGCUAUAAUCAGUCAAUGCAUAUGGAAUCUUCUCCUAUACACUUUGUUAUGCCUGUUGGAUAGUGUCCUCAGUCCACCUAUUAGCAAAAAGAUGAAUUGCUUUGCUCUCCUCUGUAGGUACAGGGAGACAGAAGAAAAAGUGGAGAAGCAGAAGGGGAAGCAAAGAUCAGCUCCCUUGGAACCAACUCCUUCCGUUGCUGAUUUGUUUCAAGAAUCUCAGUCAGCUGUGGAGCUCAGGAAUGCCCAAACAGAAAAACUAGUGCAAAGAGUUGUAAUUCCUGUAAUGGAGCCUUCAAAGAAAUGGAGAAAGUUUCCUUACUCUCCCCAGUGGGUUAGUAUAUUAGAUGUGGCUCAAAAAAUCUUGGACGAAGAAGACAAAAUGAAAAAGAAACAUAAGGAGAAUAAGGCAAAAGAAAAACGAUCCCAACCAGAUAAGAAUUUCAGAAAGGAAGAAAUAGAAACUGAAGAAGAACAGAUGCCUCAAUUUUGCGAUCUGCACAGUAUAAAACUAACAGCUAUGCAACCUUUGUUAGAACAGUUACCAUCUCCAAAGAUCUCAUAUUUACGGGCUGAGAAAGAGAUCUUAACAGCUAAAGAAAUAGAGGAUAUUAUUCAGGAAAUUGUGGCCCUCAGGGCCAAAGAGAGACUCUCUGAAGAAGCUACAUCUGCAGAAAGAGAGAAGUUCUUUUCCCGAGACAUCCCUCCCAUAAAUGCCCCAAAGCCAUGCUAUCACUGGGACUGGAGAUUGUCACUUUAA